CAUCGACCCUCUGUGUGUGUGCGCGUGUGCUUGCUUGCUUGCAUAUCCCAUGCGUGGAAAUCUUGACAUUGUAUUCGCCCAUAGAAAAUACAACACACAUCACACAAAGACAAAGAGUCCCCGUGUAGGCUGUCACAGACUGUCGGGGCAAGUGCUGUCAGCGAGCGGCAAUCGGUGGGGGGCAGGUAGCCAGCAUCACGCCCGGCCGCCUUUGUCUCCCCAGUGGCGAUGAUUUUUUACACCCCCACACACUUAAUAAUUUGAGGCUGAGUGGACCUAAAGAUGCGUGUUCGAUGUCUCCGUGUGCGCUCGCGUGAUGCACGUCCGUACGCGCACAUUUUACACGGGAUUACAAUACACACACUGCGACAAAGACAAAGGUCCCCCGUGUAGCCUCUAACAGACCCGAGGGGCAAGAGGUGGCUGUUAGCCGAGCAGCAGCAGCAGCUAUGAUAGGCGGGCACAGCGGCACACGCGUGACAGCGGGUCGAGUGGCCAAUCACCACCACGCCCGGCCGUCUUUGUCUCUCCCACGCGGCGACGUUUACGCACCGCUCCCACGUGCUCGUUUUGAGGCUGAGUCGACCUAGUGUGGAGGGCCUAGGUCCGGUGAGCGUGGAAUGGAACUCGGCUGACCGGGGUGACGACUGAACUCUUCACGUGAACAACAACAAAACCCACCUGGCUGGACACUCCUGCAACCACUCCGGAUGAGAGACACAAAGUGAGACUGGAUAUUUACCCAAGAUCAGAAGGCCAGACCGUCACCAGAAGACGGCCUGAGACGUUGUCCGGGCCACUGAACUGUUUCAGCCGCUCAUCGGGUCCAGCCACAGUCCCCACCCCCUCCCCCCCCCACCCAGAAAGGAGACUGCUGCCACGGCAAGACGUCAAGCACCGUCACGGUCAUUCGCUCGCCCGUCCUUGCACGGUCAUUCUGUUCCUGCCCGCACGAAAAGCUGCGCACACGCACUCGUUUAUUCCGCUUGAUCGGCAACGCAUUCCCAGCCGAUUCCCACAUCUCCCCGCCUCCUCUAAACGGCGCACCUCGAUAAUCCACCUGGAAAAAAAUCCAUCGAUCCCGACCGGCGGAACGUCCUUCAUCACCCGACGCGUUGAUAUUAUUUGCUUGGGUGGAUAUAUCCGAACGGCGCGCGCGUGCGUGCACGCGGGCUUCAACCGAACGUCGAUUUCGGAGCAUCUGAAACUUCACCGCGGGCGUCCCCGAAAUCCAUUGGCAAAUCAAAAAAGACCCCGCGCUUAAACAGGCACCGCAUUCGACGCCGAAUUGGAAGAUCGACAUUCCCACCCGAAAUAUAUCACAGAGAAUAUUGCGAGCAACAUCAGAGACAAUAUCAUCGGAGGGAGCGACGCCCUCCAUAGUUACAUAAGUCUCCCACUGUGCUAAGCGUAAGCGCGACAAGUCGGUGACUACCCCCCCCCCCCUCCCCCCCGCGACUGGCACAAUCGACGCAGGUCCCUGAGGCCUUGGGCCUAGAAAGUCGUCAACGGCCUGCAGCUCCUCGGCACUAAGAUAUCCCGAUUGUCCGGCCGCCACCACCACCACCGCCGCCACCACCGCCGCCGCCACCACCACCACCGCCACCACCGCCGCCACCACCGUCACCACCACCACCGCCGCCACCGCCGCCGCCACCACCACCACCACCGCCGCCGCCAUCUGUCGCUAACAAAAACCCGCGGCGUGGCUUCUUCAUGCCACGGGACCUCAGCAGGCAGCUCACAAGUAUCUAAAAAGCCUCCAGGCGACACCGACGUCGUGAACUCUGGCUAACCGAGCGGUCUUUUAGCCCCUUUCACCAGACUCGCAGGGCCUCAACUCGCCCAGGGCCAUAACAGCCUCUCGACCUUCAGCAUCUGGGCUUUGACGACCCCCGUUUUCUAAGCACGCACCUCCCCCCCCACCACCAAUCCCUCAAAUAACCUUUGGCGGGCCCCAAAGCUGCAUUGGGCCUUGCACAACAACCUCAGGCCUUUACCUAUGCCUCCGAACCCAAUCGGCCUCUUGUAACUCAGCCUCACGCUUGCAGGGUGUCUAUAUCACCCCCCGCCCCCUACCCCUCAUGCUGUAGUUGUUAAGACUUUGGGGGGCCCCCGUCCUAUAGCAGCAUCUCGUUCCCUCGUCCACGAAACAUCCUUCAGGCCACCGGAUCUCCCACCCCCCCUCCCCCCCCCCCCCGGCUUUGGAGACCUCCUGGCACCGCUGAGGCCCUGUCCAGGCUUCGGCCUGCUCAUCCCCGCAGCGGGCGUGGGUGCGGAGGAUCGGUUGUGCGGGGAGGAAGCAAGAGGAGGGGAGUAAGGAGAAGAGGAGGAGGAGGAGGAGGGGGGCGAGGAGGAGGAAGGGUCGCUGCUACGCGGCCUGGCCCCCCCCGGCUCAGCGAUGCCGGAGCAGAGCAACGACUACCGCGUGGUGGUGUUCGGCGCGGGCGGCGUCGGCAAGAGCUCGCUGGUGCUGCGCUUCGUGAGGGGCACCUUCCGCGAGGCCUACGUGCCCACCAUCGAGGACACCUACCGCCAGGUGAUCAGCUGCGACAAGAGCGUGUGCACGCUGCAGAUCACCGACACGACGGGCUCGCACCAGUUCCCCGCCAUGCAGCGGCUGGCGAUCUCGCGCGGCCAUGCCUUCCUGCUCGUCUACGCGGUGACGAGCCGGCAGAGCUUGGAGGAACUGCGGCCCAUCUACGACGUCAUCGUGCAGAUCAAAGGCGACAUCUCCGCCGUGCCCAUGAUGCUCGUGGCCAACAAGUGCGACGAGACGGCGCGCGAGGUGCCCGCCGGCGAGGGGGAGGCGCAGGCCAAGGCGUGGCGCUGCGCCUUCACCGAGACGUCGGCCAAGAUGGACUACAACGUCACCGAGGCCUUCCAGGAGCUGCUCAACCUGGAGAAGAGGCGGCACAUGAGCCUGCAGGUGGAUGGGAACAAAGGUGGAAAGCAAUCUUCCCGGAAGCACUUCAAGGGCAAGUGCGUGGUCAUGUGACGGAGGUCAUGCGGUGGAGGUCAUGCGGUGGAGGUCAUGCGGUGGAGGUCAUGCGGUGGAGGUCAUGCGGUGGAGGUCAUGCGGUGGAGGUCACGUGACAGAGGUCACGCGGUGGAGGUCAUG